UAUCCCAUUUUCACUUGUUUCCUCUUUCACUCAUUCUCCUCUGCUCUCUCACCCUCUUCAAAACUCUGCUAACAAUGGCUUCCACAUUAUCCACCAUUACCCUUCGUUCUCCAUCUCACGUUGUUCCCUCAACUGCUAGCUCCACCGCAAUUCCUUUCCCCGCGAAAGCCUUAGAACUCCCCCUCCGCACUCCCAAACUCCUCCACCACCGCCGCGCCACCUGCGUCCGCCCUCUCGCCGCCGUCGAAGCACCGGAGAAAGUCGUCACCCUCGGUGAUGAAAUCUCCAAUUUAACCCUUGCCGACGCCCAGAAACUCGUCGAAUACCUUCAAGACAAACUCGGUGUCUCCGCCGCAUCCUUUGCUCCGGCCGCCGUAGUCGCCGCCCCCGGCGGCGGCGCAGCCGAUGCUCCGGCUGUAGUGGAGGAGAAGACGGAAUUUGACGUAGUCAUUGAUGAAGUGCCGAGUAAUGCUAGAAUUGCGACAAUUAAGGCUGUUAGGGCUUUAACUAGCUUGGCUUUGAAAGAGGCUAAGGAAUUAAUUGAGGGUUUGCCUAAGAAAUUUAAGGAGGGAGUUUCUAAGGAUGAAGCUGAAGAAGCUAAGAAACAGCUUGAAGAAGCUGGUGCUAAAGUCUCUAUUGCUUAAUCGAACUUGUGGUAAUUAAUGUUCAUUUUUACUACUUUGUGUUGAUUAUCUGGGGAAAUUACUGUAAGUUUUUUGUGUUUUUGCAAGAGAAUUCAGUUGUUAGAUAUAGUUGUACCCAAUUUUCUAAAAAUCAAGAUUUUUCACUUGUUUUUGCUUA